UUGAUUUAGGUGGCGAAUACGGGUUCCAAGUGCAUUAUUCGGGUCCUAGGUGAGUACUAAUUAUUGUAGCGUAGGUUGCUGAACGAGGCAAAGAAACUUACGAACAAUGGCGACCGAAGAAGAGAGCGCCGUUAAGGAGCCGUUGGAUCUGAUCAGACUCAGUCUUGACGAGCGUAUUUACGUGAAGCUCCGAUCCGACCGUGAACUCCGUGGCAAACUCCAUGCUUAUGAUCAGCAUUUAAAUAUGAUACUUGGGGAUGUUGAAGAAGUUGUUACUACCGUUGAGAUUGAUGAUGAAACUUAUGAAGAGAUCGUUCGGACCACGAAGCGCAAUGUUCCAUUUCUCUUUGUAAGAGGUGAUGGAGUCAUACUGGUCUCUCCUCCAUUAAGGACAGCUUGAUUUUCUAAUGUAGAUUUGCACAUCACCUGUCGCAUAUUAAUUACUUUGGUGCUGUCCCUUGUUUUAUCCUUUCCAAUCUGAAAUGUUUCCAGCUGAUCACAUAUUUGCUAGAAUAGACUUUAAUGAAUCUGUAUUUGUUACUAUCAGAAUCUUGUUACAGAAAAUCGAAUGAUGGAUCACUUUGUAAUUGUUUUAUUACCUGCCGUAGUUUUUGUUUGCAGUGAUGGUUAUAUGCAGGCCUGGCUACUGUUUGUAAAACCAACUCAUCUUUUAGUAAAACCUAGCUUUUAUUCAUAA